GGUUAGACAAAGUUUUCUCAAGUGGUAAUGUAACAAGUUUUUCUCUCCAACUUAUUCUGUGUAGUUUUGUGGAGAAAACCUAGUUUGAAAUGGAUGUAAGACAGAGAUUCAUCAGCACUUACCUUUUCUUCACUGGAUUGUUCCUUUGUGUUGUCAGUGCCAACAUUACAGAAAUUGUAAACGUGUGUUGUGAGCUGGGAACCAACUGGGCAAGUAGUAAUGACCACUGUGAUGAUUUCUAUGGAGAGAUCUCAGAAAUUGAAACUAGGGACCAGCUUCUGUGUCGGCAAGUGCUUGAAGUCUGCUGCAUGAAAUCAAAACAGGACCAGAUGUGCACCAAAGGUAUGACAGACGGUUUAGUAGAUGGGGGAAGGUGUGCUGUCAGAGAUGACAUGAUUGGUGCUGUCACAUAUAAGGAAUGCUGUUCAUGUUGUCAGAUGGGGUUGGCAGUGAGACAGAUGGCAAUGCAAUGUACCUCGCCUUCAUUAGGCAACCCAUGUGAUAAGACAUUUAUGCAGUGCUGUACAGGGGAUGAAGAUACAGGUUUUCCAUCAUUCCUUGUCAGUCCAAGAGACCAAGUUGUGACUAGAGGGCAUACAGUAUCUUUAAAGUGUGUUGCUAAAGGCAACCCAACACCGACUGUGUUUUGGAGAAAAGAAACUCAAGAGAACCUCAUGUUUCCAAAUGAGGACUAUGGGCAUUAUGUAGUUGCAGAAGAUGGAACUCUACAUAUUGAGGCAGCAAAUGACUCUGAUGCUGGUGUUUAUAUCUGCGAGGCUCUCAACACAAGGGGCACUGCAUAUGCCUCUGCUAAAUUAGAUGUCAAAGACAAAGACACAGAAAUGCCUCACACAAAUACUGGGAUUGAUGAAUGUGAAAUGUUUGGAGCUGAUCAGCUGUGCAGUCAGAUAUGUGUAGAUACACCAGGCUCAUAUAGGUGUGAAUGUAACAGUGGUUACAAAUUAGCCAUGGAUGGUCGUACCUGUUACAGAGAUGAUUGCCCAACUGGCUUUGCUUUUAAUACAGUUAAUGGACAGUGUGAUGAUAUAGACGAGUGUGUGAUUGACACACAUGAAUGCAGUCAGCCAAAUGAAAUAUGUCGAAAUAGCAGGGGCAGUUAUUUCUGUCAAUGUGAUGAUGGUUUCCACAGAAACAGGACAACCAUGAGCUGUGAAGACAUUGAUGAAUGUGCAAGAAGAAUGGACUCUUGUACAUCAUCUCAGAGAUGUGAAAAUACUGUUGGUUCAUUUGCUUGUCGCCGGAUAACUCCAUGUGGAACAGGUUGGACCUUGAAUGAAGAAACACAAGAAUGCAUAGAUCAAGAUGAAUGUGCACUGGGAACUGACAAUUGCGGAACAGGGUAUGAAUGUUACAAUAUUGAGGGAUCAUUCAGAUGUAACCCUAAGCGUUGCCCUGAGGGUUCUAGGUUCAAUUCUGCGACAAGCCAAUGUGAAAGGUUCAUCUGUGCUCGAGGCUUGAGACCAGAUACAAGUGGUCUCUGUGUUGAUAUUAAUGAAUGUGAAGCAAGAGUUAACCCAUGUGGAAAUUUCCAGUCAUGUCAGAACAACUAUGGCUCUUACAGAUGUAUAGAUUCUGUGCAGUGUGGGCCAGGAUUUGAAGUGGGUACUGAUGGACAGACAUGUGUUGAUAUUGAUGAGUGUAAAGCAGGGACACAUGAUUGUAGAGGUCAAGCUGAAUGUAUCAAUCGUCAGGGAAGUUACAUAUGCUCCUGUCCACAGGGAUACAGACGUAGUGUUAAUGGACUCUGUGAAGACAAAAAUGAAUGUCAGUAUGGAAAUGCGUGUCCUAGUAAUGCAGUGUGUGAAAACACAGCAGGAAGUUUCAGGUGUAUCUGUGUUCCUGGCUUUCAACAGACUGGUUCCCAAAGAUGUACAGAUAUAAAUGAGUGUGAGGACUAUUCCAUUUGUACACAGGGCUGCAAAAAUUUUAUUGGUUCAUAUGUAUGUAUGUGUGAAAGUGGUUACAAAUUAGCUGCUGAUGGAAGAACUUGUGUUGACAUUGAUGAGUGCCGUUUGUACAACGGACCAGGUGUGUGUGCGGGCAAUUGUGUCAAUACACCAGGUUCAUACAUGUGUUCUUGUCCAAACGGUUGGAAGCUUAUGGGUAAUGGACGCUCCUGUGGAGACAUAGAUGAAUGUGAGGAAGGUGUCAGCCAAUGUGGGAGUGGUCGUGAUGUCAUGUGCUUCAACACCAGGGGCAGUCACAGAUGUCCUCAGGUCAUGUGUCCCUCAGGAUUUUCUAGAUCAGCUCUAGGUCCUCGGAGAAAUAGUGUGCGCUGUAAACGCCUGAGCUUCACCUGUCGCCAAGGAGACCUGGAAUGUCUGAAAGCCCCACUUUCCCUCUCAUACAACUUCCUGUCCUUCCCCACCAAUGUCAAGAUCCCCACAGACUUGUUUUCAAUGUCUGGGCCAUAUGCUCUAAAGAAGGAUUUUUACUGGUACCUUAACAUUACAAAUACAUAUUCACCACGGGGUGAUGUGAAACCAGUCAGACGAAAUGAUUUUGAUCUUAGAAUUGGCAGAAAUAAUAACAGUGCUGUGGUAGCUUUACUCAAUCGUAUUGAAGGUCCACAGGAUGUCGAGCUGAUGUUAACAAUGCAAAUUACAGAUACUGAGAGGGGAUAUACUGGCUAUGCCAUAUCAAAAAUUUACUUGUACGUUACUUCAGACAAAAUUCAGUAAAACAGAACUUUCAAAGCCUUUACCUCAAAGUGCAGGGGUCUUACUGGCAGGAGUUUGCAUUACUUCACAGACAUCAGCUAGAAUAACAAUUUUGAUAUGCAAAAGCCAUAAACUGUAAUGAAAAGGUUAUUCUGUAGCUGAAAUUUAUGUUAAAUACACAUGUUUUUCAUGAAAUAAUAAACUUACAUGAAUAUUG